AUGUCUGUUAGUUUGGUGUCGCAGAGUUCUGCAGGAGCAAAAAGUGUUCCUCAUAAAUCAUCAACCAGUGUAGGUGUCACAUCUUCUGCCACAUCAACCACCCAAGCAGCAGCAGCAGCAACAUCAGGUGACACAACAACGUCGGCGGUGACGUCCCCGACUCGAAUGUCCAAGGACCAGUCUGCAGACUCUAAGCUUGCCAUUGCCAAGAGGACAUCAGGCAAGAAAUACCCCAAUGAUUUCAUAUUUGGAAAAGUCAUUGGGGAAGGCUCCUUCUCAACUGUGUAUUUGGCAAAGGAAAUUAGCACAGAUAAGGAAUAUGCAAUCAAGGUGCUGGAAAAGAAGCAUAUCAUGCGAGAGAAGAAAACCCAGUAUGUGAUGAGAGAGAAAGAAGUGCUGGCAAGUGUUAGCAACCACCCGUUUUUCAUCCGACUCUACUGCACCUUUCAAGAUACAGACCGACUGUAUUUUGUUCUCAGCUAUGCGCGGCGAGGAGAAUUACUGGAUUACCUACGGAAAUUGUCGUCUUUUGAUGAGACUUGUACACGAUUUUAUUCUGCAGAGAUUGUCACAGCAUUGGAAUAUCUCAAUGGUUUAGGGAUCAUUCACAGAGACUUGAAACCUGAAAAUAUUUUACUCAAUGAUAAAAUGCACAUACAAAUAACAGAUUUUGGAUCUGCAAAAAUCAUAGGAAAAGAUGAUGUCCAGAAUGAAGAAAAACAGUCCAGAGAUUCUGGUCAGCCAGAAGGCAGCCGAGAGAAUCGCCAUUCCCAGCGUCGGAAAUCCUUUGUGGGAACAGCACAAUAUGUUUCACCUGAGGUACUUACCAGCAAGAGUACAUUCAGUUCUGAUUUAUGGGCCUUGGGUUGUAUAAUUUAUCAACUUCACUCAGGUCUCCCUCCAUUUUGGGGAAACCAUGAAUACCAAAUAUUCCAGAAAAUUUUAAAAUUGGAUUAUGAAUUUCCAGAUGGAUUCAAUCCAGUUGCCAAAGAUCUGGUACAAAAGUUGUUGGUUUUGGACCCAACUAAGAGAUUAGGAUGUCCAGAGGUGGGAGGCUUUGGACCAUUGAAGAACCACCCCUUCUUUGAGGGAAUCAUUUGGGACCAGCUUUGGGAACAGGAUCCUCCAGAUCUCUUACCCUAUCUUCCUGCCACACCUAGUAACCCCAGUAUGUGGAGCAACUAUCGGGUAUGUCACUUAGUUUUAUUACUGUUUGGUUACUGGAUGAACUGA